AUGGAGUCCGAUGGACGCACAAAAGCUUAUAAGUUUGUCGCUUAUGCGGCCGUUUCGUUCUCAGUGGUCGCCGUCCUAUCGGUCGUACUAACACUUCCCAUGGUUUAUAACUAUGUUAGCCAUGUUAGACGUCAGAUGCAACAUGAGAUCUCAUUCUGUAAGGGAUCCGCUAAGGAUAUCUUCGCUGAGGUCAACUUCAUGAAGGCCAACUCCGGUCCAUCUGCCCCUCGUAACCGUACUAGCCGUCAUGCGAAGGAUGUUGCCUUCCUGGACCACCUGGACCUGCUGGAGUUCCUGGAAAGCCCGGAAAGCCUGGUCGUCCAGGAGCACCUGGAACCCCAGGAGUACCCGGAAAACCACCAACUGCUCCAUGUGAGCCUACUACUCCACCACCAUGCAAACCAUGCCCACAAGGGACCACCCGGACCUCCAGGACCACCUGGAUCACCCGGAGACCCAGGAGAGGCUGGUACCCCUGGACGCCCUGGAACUGAUGCUGCCCCUGGAUCACCUGGACCUCGUGGACCUCCCGGACCAGCUGGAGAGCCUGGACAGCCUGGACCUGCUGGAGAGCCCGGAACACCCGCACAGAGCGAGCCACUCACCCCUGGAGCACCUGGAGAGCCCGGAGACCAAGGACCACCCGGACCACCUGGACCCCCUGGAGCACCAGGAAACGAUGGAGCACCUGGACCUGCUGGACCCAAGGGAUCCCCAGGACCCGACGGACCACCCGGAAGCGACGGACAAGCCGGACCACCUGGACCACCUGGACCAGCCGGAACUCCUGGAGAGAAGGGUAUCUGUCCCAAAUACUGUGCCAUCGACGGUGGAGUGUUCUUCGAAGACGGAACUCGUCGUUAA